UUUAUUUGGAAGCGGACUAUGUUAAGUUAACACGUCUUGAUUAUUGAGAACACCUUCGUACAAGUUGUCGCUGAUACUUGGAAAAAAAUGGAUUCCAAGAGCGCUUCGAACGCAUCAAACAUCAUUCGAGUAAAACUACUCAAGCAGAAAAAACAAGGACUCGGAUUUUUAGUGAGAAAGAGGUCGAGAGCUCCUCACGUGGUCGUAUCUGACCUCGUGCCACAUGGUAUUGCCGCCGAGAGCGGAUUAGUUCAAAUAGGUGACGUCAUAUUAAAGGUCGAUGACACCGAUUUAGAAAACCUGGCCUACGAGGAGUCUCUGGACGUUUUGAAGAGGCUGCCCACUGAUGUCCCAGUCGUUCUAAUACUCAAGGGACCGGAGGGUUAUACGUCCUACCUGGAAACGAGGUUUUCACCCGAUGGCAAACCGCGAACUACCCGAGUUACACGACCUAUUAUUAAUAACGACAGUAUUAUUGGACGCCUACGCAAAACGUUUUCAGCAACCGCUCCUGCACCGGCAUGCAGAACGAAACAAACGCAAGUCGAGUGCGAUGAACCGCUUGCAUGUUUGUCAGGGCGUACCAGCGAAGUUUACAUUACAAAUAACGCAACUAGUGAGCCAGUCUCGGCUAAUUUAGACGCAAAAGGACAUGCGCGCUGUCAGCACAAUUCCUGUAAGACUAAUGAAUCUAAACAUUUAGAUUCAAAUUUAAAUCACUCCUCGGACACUAGGGCGCUUAAUGAGUUGACGCCGUCGUCAAAUGCAAAUUCGUUGCAUAAUAGCCACAGUUUGGACAAAACAGAUUCUUUGUUAACGCGAUCGUCGCAUUGUAACGGGAUUAACGACGUACGAAGUAAUAAGUCUGAACCAUUAGUCUCAGAUUCCAUUAACGUUAGUCAAGAAUGUGAAAGUGGUAUUGUCAUUAGAGAGUGCGAAGAGAACCGGAAUAACAAACGACACACUCCGAUUGCUGAUCAGAACUUGCACCAGGCGCAGUAUUCGAAUAGAGACCAAGCGCAGUAUUCGAAUAGAGACCAAGGAACAACCAACGGUUCUUCGUCGAAGUCUCAUUUACGCUUUAGUGAAAUGUCGGAACAGAACGGUCGCAUUUCCGUCGCUGAAAACGGAACUGUCUCACAACUGAAGCAUGACGGUAAACUCACGAACAGGAACGUCGUGAGCGAAGAUAGCGGCAUCGGCUCUCGGCGCUCUAGCGACGAUUACAUAAAAAAUGGUCUCGAUUUGGACUCGCAAGUAAAGGAAGCAUCCGCCUCCGGAAAAGAAUCCAUUGCCCCAGCAGUCAGAAAAUUUGUCAAAUUACGUCACGUGGGCCAGGAACGACCAGUGUGUUCAGAUACAUUGCACACAAAAUGUAUCGAAAGCGUGUCAUGCUCUCAGAGAUUCUGCACGGGGUCGAUCAUGGACCAGACAUUUGCCGGCCCUGAGCCACGCCCACGUGAAGAAAUGCUUGUGCAAGCACGUGACUUCAUAAACCAGUACUACCAAUCAAUCAAAAGGCUUAACACACCUGCACACACGAGUCGUCUGCAGGAAGUGGAUGGCAGCGUGAAGACGACAGGCACAUACGAGCUCACCACGGCGGAACUAACGUAUGGUGCCAAGACGGCGUGGCGCAACUCAGCACGCUGCAUUGGCCGCAUCCAGUGGUCCAAACUUCAGGUGUUCGAUGCCCGCCACAUCACCACUGCGCGUGGCAUGUUCGAGGCAAUUUGUAACCACAUCAAGUACGGCACCAACAAGGGAAACAUCAGGUCGGCGAUCACAGUGUUUCCCCCGCGAACGGACGACAAACAUGACUUCCGAGUAUGGAACUCGCAGUUCAUCCGGUACGCAGGCUACAAGCGUGAAGACGGCAGCGUCGUCGGCGAUCCAUCCAACAUCGAGUUGACGGAUUUGUGUCAGAAGUUGGGCUGGAAGGGUAAGGGAACGAGGUUCGAUGUCCUGCCUCUGCUCCUGCAAGCUAGCGGUCACGACCCAGAACUUUUCGAGAUCCCUCCAGAACUCAUCUUGGAGGUCAACAUAAAACAUCCAAAGUUCCCGUGGUUCGCGGACAUGGGGCUGAAGUGGUACGCACUUCCAGCAGUGGCUAACAUGGUGUUCGACUGCGGCGGCCUGCUCUUUACCGCGGCGCCUUUUAACGGCUGGUACAUGGGUACGGAGAUAGGGGCCAGAAACUUCUGUGACCCUUAUCGAUAUAACCUACUGGAGGACAUCGCCAAGCGGAUAGGCUUUGACACUCGAAAGAGCUCCUCUCUUUGGAAGGAUCGAACUCUUGUGGAAAUUAACGUGGCGGUACUGCACAGUUACCAGUCUCAAGGAGUCACUAUCACUGACCACCACGCCGCCUCGGAGUCGUUUAUGAAACACCUGGACAACGAGCAGAAGCUGCGCGGCGGAUGUCCGGCCGACUGGGUGUGGGUCGUGCCGCCAAUGAGUGGAAGCCUCAUGUCCGUCUUCCAUCAGGAGAUGCUAAAUUACAAGCUCAAACCGAGCUUUGAGUAUCAGGCGGACGCUUGGAAGAAUCAUGUGUGGAAGAAGGACAAAGAGCGCACCAAGUCCAACACGGAAAGACCACGCAGAAAGAUCGGUUUCCGGGAGCUAGCCAGGGCAGUGAAGUUCUCAGCGAAGCUUAUGGGCAAGGCUCUGGCCCGACGGGUGAAGUGUGUGAUCCUGUACGCCACAGAGACCGGAAAGUCCGAGGGGUUCGCGAAGACCCUAUGUCAACUCUUCAAACACGCCUUCGAUGCUAAAGUGUACAGCAUGCAGGAGUAUGACGUCACGGAGUUGGAGCAUGAGGCGCUCGUGCUGAUUGUUACGAGCACGUUCGGAAACGGGGACCCGCCAGAGAACGGCGAGUCCUUUGCUAAGUACCUUCUAGAAACAAGGCACCCGGAGACAAAGGACAAGCUGUCGAGGCAGGUAUCUUAUUUACGGAGCAUAUCGGCGUCGGACGAGCCCGCCUCCGAGACUUCUGACGACCAGCAGAGCAUGACGUCGUCUGAUUCCUCGAAAUCAGUGGAGGAUAAUCUCACCCUUGAGACUGGGCCGCUUAGCAACGUCAGGUUCUCGGUGUUCGGCUUGGGUUCGAGUGCCUACCCGAACUUCUGCGCGUUCGCCCACUACGUGGAUACAAUGUUCGCAUCCCUUGGGGCGGAGCGGAUCCAUGCGCUGGCAGAGGGCGACGAACUGUGUGGGCAAGAGGAGUCCUUUCGCACCUGGGCCAAGGACGUGUUCAAGGCGGCCUGCGAGACAUUCUGCACCGGCGACGACCGAAUGUUGAAGGACGCCACGGGCUCACUAAGCAUGACGGAGAGUCACUGGACACCGGACCGCUUCCGGGUGACGCCUGCGUCUGGAACUAAGGCACCGGGAAUCAUUGAGGCUCUGUCUACCAUCCAUGGCAAGAACGUGCUACCCUGUCGGUUCAUUGAGCGAAAACAGUUGCAGUCCAUCGAGUCCGACCGCCAGACGAUGCUGAUUAAGUUGGACGCGACCAUGGGGUCGGGCGAGCUGCUCUACCAUCCCGGGGAUCACGUGGCGAUCUUCGCCGAGAACUCCGCCUCCCUCGUGGAUGCCAUACUAAUGCGCCUCCACAACGCCCCGUCCCCUGAUCAGCUGAUCAAGAUAGAAGUCAUGAACGAGCGUUCUACGGCAAUGGGUAACAUGAAGUCCUGGGACCCCUACGGCAAGUUACCCGUAUGUACUUUGCGCACGGCACUCACGCGCUACCUGGACAUCACCACGCCCCCUAGCCAGGCACUGCUGAAGCUGUUCGCAACCCAGGCAACCAAGGACUGCGACCGGGAAAGUCUGGAAAAACUAGCGAAUGAAUCUGAUGCGUACGAGGAGUGGAAGUUUGAGUCCUACCCUAACAUCGUGCACGUGCUUGAUUACUUCCCGAGCCUGCGAGUUCCGGCUACGCUGCUACUGACGCAACUUCCGCUGCUACAGUCUCGCUUCUACUCCAUCAGCAGCUCCCUGAAGCUUUUUCCGGGCGAGAUUCACGCAACCGUGGCUGUGGUGAAGUACCGCACGCAAGGCAAGUCCAGUUCACUGCACGAGGGGGUGUGUUCUAACUGGCUAAACAGGCAAGAGGAGGGAAACACCAUACCGUGCCUCGUCAGACAUGCCCCCGCGUUCCACAUGCCGGACGACCCGACCGUUCCCAUCAUCCUUGUGGGCCCGGGCACCGGUAUUGCACCCUUCCGGUCGUUCUGGCAGCAGCGCAAGAUCGACAUGGAGAUGCUGCCAAAACCACAGCGCGGAAGCCGCCAUGGCUGGGGCGCCAUCUACAUAUAUUUUGGCUGCCGGAACAUCGCAAUGGACGCCAUUUAUCGGGACGAGUUGCAACAAAUGAAAGCAGACGGCGUGUUGGAGGAAGUUUAUACGGCAUUGUCAAGGGAACCAAACGUCCCUAAGACCUACGUACAAACAAUUCUGAAACAGAAUGCUGUCGAUGUGUUCCGCUGCGUAGUCAAAGAGUCCGGUCACUUUUACGUGUGUGGUGACGUCAAAAUGGCGUCUGACGUCACGAUAACGCUCGAGAACAUUCUAGCGUCGGAGGGCAACAUGACACAACAUGACGCUAAAAGUUUCAUAAUGAAGCUUAGGGAAAGUAACCGGUUCCACGAGGAUAUUUUUGGUGUGACGUUGCGUAGCUCGGAAGUGACGGACCGAGCACGUGACCAGGCGAAGAAGGCGUGGAGUUUCAUCAACUCUUCCAACAAGUCCCGACAGAACGCCGACAGGGAAACCGUAACGCCCAUUCCAUUGGAGAACCAGACCGGACCGAAGAGCAAACCCAAGGCACCUCGUUCGUCGCGCUAUACACCGGAAUCUAUUGGUUAGCUACGGUGAUGGUACUUCUGUGAAAUAUAAGAUUUACAUAGCCGGUGAAACCAAUGUUUUGGAUCAAGAAAUGUUUCUUAGAAAUAUGCGCACUUUCAUUAUGGGACAAGUUGUACUGGUCUUACAAAAGGGCAUGGUUGUGUUGGUUUUGUAAAAAAAAAUGCGCUUGUUUCUUCAGUUGUACAUGUACAUGUAAAAUAACAAGUUGUACGUGUCAUGCAUACAUGUAUGUAACUUUGAGAUUUUGAAAAUAUUAUUUAUCUACAUUUAUACUUCAAGAUUUACAAGACGUCGAAUCUCAUAGCACUUUAACGUAAAAGAAGUUUGGCGUUACAUUUUAAAAAUAUUUUUGGAUGUGUUUUUAUCAUCGGUUUCAUAGCGUGUUAAAUCAUCACCGAAACGGUCAACGAUAUUUUUGUCACUUUUAAAUGACGAUAUUUACCCAUUUAUGCCUAGUGGACUCUCCCGUACUUCUAAAUUGGAUCAAUUUAUUUCCAAAAUAAGGUAUGUCUAGUAUAUUAAUUUCUAUAUUUAAUAUUUCUUACAGGAAUUCCUUUAAGCAAACAGCGCAGACCCAGUUUGCAAAGGCCUUUUUUCUAGACGCUAGACAUAAAUGGGUUAAGCAUUAUAUACACGGUUAACUUAUGCAUAUUAAGCUUGAGGACACUUUAUCGGUUACUAUCGUUGUAGUUGUAUAGUUAAAUAGGACUAGACCGUGAUCAUUGAACGUUGGUUUCAUUUAAUAAACUGUUUUAAAUCGGCGGAAACAAAAAAAACAGCAUGAAAUUCCGCGCUAUACAGACGAUAUAUUAUUACUGUUGCUGUUCUUCAUUGAAAACACUGGCUGUUGUUGCUGUUCGCUCUUAAUAUAUUGAUACGUAUUAACAAUAUAUUAUUCAUAGCAUAGCAUACCAUAUUAUAUAUGUAACAUGUAAGAUUAUUUAGCUGUUUUUGGAUUGUUUAUGUGUUCAUAUAUAUUUGUCGACUAAGCACUUCUUCAACGUUCAAGUUAUUACAUUAACUAGGUUUUUUUUUCUUAAAUAAACAUUUAAUAGACAUUAGUUAUGUUACGAUUAAAAAUAUUUUUUAUCGGACUUGAUUAUGUUGUACAAGUGCUUUACUAAAGAAUUUUAUUAUUCAUAGCUGUCUUAUUGCAUUUUAAUUGUUGAAUCAUUGUAGUGUAUUUUUAUAUACUUGCAUACUUGCGUUUUAUUUCUGAAAUAUUAUAAAAUAAAUUGACUGUAAAAAAAAUUACAUAAAUCUACAUUUCAAUAUCAUUGUAUGUACUUAUUGUUUGGCUUAUUAAAAAAAACACACUAAUUUUUAGUAAACAUUCGCUUGUCUAUUGAUGUACAUGUUCAUUUACUUAAGGUGUAUGGGUAAUGUAUUUUUUUUAAGAUUUUGAAAAUAUUAAUUAUACUUACUAUCUUUUUGAAUGUAGUGGCACCUAAUUAUUUGAAUUACAUUAUUGAAGUUUCUUAAGAUAUACUAACAAAGGUGCGGGGUUUUUUUUCUUUCUUUAAUAUUAUAACAUUUUAUUAUAAAAUAUACACAUUGUAUGAUCAUGUGUUUUAAUUAUGCUUAAUCACUUGGAAAAUACAAUAAAUACUCGAGUUUUUUUUUCAAAUUUCAGAGAAUCUAUCUACCGUACUAUUUUUUAAUAAUAAUAAUGUUGUGUUCCGAUUCAAAUAAACAAACACAAUUUUGGGGAAGUGCACUGUUGUUGUAUUUAUUUAUUGAAGGUCCUUUAUAUGUUUGUUUACACAUGCGAGUCAUCAUAACUUAUACCUCAGUCACAAAUAGAAACCUAUCACCGUUCGAUCAGCGGACAACGUAUUUUUACGCUCAUCGGGCUGGCGCCCGGCCGAUGAUAGCACGGACAACGGGUCGUUUUGAAGCAUCGGGCGGCGUCCGGAUUAAGUUUAGGUCUCACUUAAAAUGUUACCCGACGUCCGGUUUCGAAUUGAGAUCGAAAAAAAGGAUCGGACGAUCAACGCUCGGAUAUCGCCCGAAAUCUGAUUCAAUGUACGUGCAUCGGCAAAAAUCAAGGUAUUUCCCAGGGACAUAAACAUCGGCCGAACCGAGCUCGUCAUGAUAUACGUACAACAAAUCCGUUGUCGGGCGACCGCCGGGCGACAACCGUGCAUUGAUCGUCCGAUCUUUUUUCGACCUCAAUUCGAUUCAUUCCCGGGCCCGACGUCGGGUAAAUUUUGAAGUGAGACUUAGAAUUACUCCGGACACCGCCCGAUGCUACAAAAUGACCCGUUGACCGUGCGAUCAUCGGCCGGGCGCCAGCCCUAUGACCAGUUAAAAACGUCGUCAACUGAUCGGUCUCUAAUUGUGACUGAGGUAUUAAACUGUGUCACUCAUCGGACGGCCGCGACGUGUCCAGUCUUCCCGAUGCCUGGAGAUCGGACACAUCGGCCGGCGACCGGAUUAUUUGUGACUGAGGCAUAACAUACCUAUUGCGUUGUCAGUUAUAUACAUGUUUAAAGACUUUGAAGGGAGGCAUAUUACAACUGCUCGUCCUGUCAUGUGAGACCAAGAUCUUUUUUGAUAAGUCCUGUGUCAUAACUUUAACUACCGGUAUAGAUAUCCCGGUACGAAUUUUCUUCUAAAUAAAGGUACCGCCAUUAA